AUGGAUAGAAUACAAGAGGAUGAGCAGCUGGCGCCUUUUAACCUGGUUCAUUCGCGUAGGCCCCCGUGGCUGCCUGCGCCCCCGCUAGUCCAGGCACAGAGCUACUGCCUGGGAUUCCAGGUGGACACCUCGCUGCCUGAUAAAUGUCCCCAGCUCCAGCCUUUCAGAACUCUCAUUCUCCUCUUCAAUCUUCCUGUUUCCUUCCAGACAGUCCCUGAUCGGGUGGUGACCGACUGCGAGGACAAGGGCAAAGUCGGGCUGGGCACUGGCAGCUCGUAUGCGGGGAAGGAGCGCCCGCCGCGUCGCGAGCCAAAACAUGAACGCACUGCACUUCCCACGAGUAGUUUUGUCCAUCCGAGUGCACUUAUCUCUAUCGCCCCGAUGCCAUUAAUACACCUGCCCAUCGAACUGCUCACCGAGAUCGCCGAGUUGCUCGAGUACGAGGACGAGAUCAAUUCACUGUCGCGGACGUGCAGAUUCCUCUACAAUCUGCUCGGCCCCUUCCUCUACAAGCACAAUGUGCGCCACGGCAACAGCAGCGCACUCGCUUGGGGAAUCAUCAAUAAGAACAUGGCCACCAUUACCCGGAGCCUAGACGCAGGCGCUUCUCCGAACGCGUGCGACGGGCGCGACGGGCGAGAGCGAAAGCAGCGCCCCGCAGCUCUGGCGGCGAUGCACGGGAACGAGGCGGCUUUUCGACUUCUGUUGCAUCGCGGCGUGGACUUGAGCUGGGACACGGAAUGCGCGGAAAUCAGGCCUCGAUAUCCAGAGAGGCCGCACGGGCCGUUCCUGUAUCUCCAUCCGUCGGGCCAGUUGUUUUCAAGGGCGGCGGCGAAUGGUCAUGCCCACAUGCUGCCUUUGCUGAUGGGACUCUACAAGAAGGAAAAAGGUGUGUCCUGCCCCAUUGCGCACGGAAAGGAUCUGUUGGGCAGCGCCGCGAAACUAGGGCACACGGGUGUCGUAGCGUUCUUGCUUGAGCAUGGGGCCGAUCCAACCGUCCGGCAUGCGGUUGACGGCACCCCGGUUUGCUGCGCCGCACGGAACGGACAUCUGGACAUCGUAAAGAUGCUCGCUAGCCGAGGCGUCCUGGGCUCUACAAGGCGAGAGCCGCGGGGCGAGCUCGACAGGGACGUCAUGUGGCCCAUACUAUGGGCUGCAGAGAAGUCACACCCAAAAGUAUUCGACUAUCUUCUCGAAACCGUUGAUUAUCUCCGCCUGGUCCAAGUUCCCGAUGACAAGGGCGCAUUUCUGGCCGCGGCAGCCAUGUCCAACAAGGUGGACCUUGUCCGUGAUCUGCUGGACAACCGUCGCUACCAUCCCAGCGGCACAUGGACAGAUCAGCGCAAUUUCUCGGCCGACAAAUAUCCAACCGCGCUGUGCUGGGCGGCUUCCAGGGGUCAUGUCGACAUUGUCUCCCUCUUGCUGGAUCAUGGGGCUGACCUCUACCCACCUCCUCUUAUGUCCAACCGCCAUGUGGCCUUGCCCUUACCCGAAGCAGCCCGCAACGGGCACGGAAAAGUUGUCGACCUAUUACUAGACGCAGGGGCCGAUCCAUCUGGUAAGCUGGGCGGGCGACACCGGGGCAUAGAUCCUGUACUACCUCUAGCCAUCCCCUUCGAGUCGAUCUUUUCCAGGCUACUCCAGGCUGGUGCAGACCCGUUGCUCUGCAAGAAAGCAGGCAAAUCGAUAGCCGGUCCGGUGAUUGCAUCAGGGAGCACCAGUGAGAUCCAGAUGCUGCUAGACUGCGGCCUAGACAUAGUACAGGAUAUACAGGGAGAAGAUAGCCUGCUUCUCUUCGCCGUACGUGGAGGUAAGCGCGUCUUCGAGUGGCUCCUCCAGCAGGGCCGCUGGGACGAUCUCCUCUCGCCAAAGGGCAAGAGCGAAGGAGAGCUCGAGCAGGCCAUCAACCACGCCGUAGCUUCAAAUCAAACCGAGCUCCUUGACCUCCUCCGCAAACAGGGGUUCCGCAUCCCCUUUCCCAAUCCAAAACGCAAUCUCUUCUUCACCGCGGCGGCGGGAUCUUUGGGAACCCCCAAUGCGAAUCCAAAGGAAACGAUCAAAUGGCUCCUCGACCGCGGCGCCCCUCAGUCCGAGCUUGACAACGCCCUGUUCUCGAUUCCGGACUACAAGUGCCACCACCGGCGGGGUAGCAGAUUCGAAUCCGCGUACUGCUGGCACCGGGACUGCAGCGCGCUGCCUGACCUGCUGCGGAUCCUGCUUGACGCAGGUGCGAAUCCGCUGUACUCGAGAGGAUACGCUAUAGUCCGGUUGUGCCGGGAUAUACGUACACUGCGGAUGAUCCUCGAGGCAGUCGAGGCGCGUGGUGGGACUUGGCCCUAUGAGGGGGUUUGCCUGCGUGAGGCUGAGCAUCUUUUGAUGGUCGAGCACCCGCACCAUGACCGGAGAAUCGACAAGAUCCUGCGUCAGUAUAGCUGGCGGCUGCAGUAUGGGGUUUCUUGA